AUGGCAGGUAUUUAUGACAACCACCUGAUAGCAUCUUCCAAAGUUAUUGUCAGUUACAUACCAUCCUGGAAUCAGGCGAAUUUAGAUAUAUCGAAUGUAAAUGGUGAUCUGAUGACUCAUUUACUCUAUGCCUUUGUGGGAAUAGGGUCAGAUGGAAAAAUAAAAGUUGAAUCAACGGUAAAAGAUGAUUUCACAAAAUUGAAGAAUUUAGCAACCAAGUAUCCUAACUUAAAAAUUUUGCCUAGUGUUGGAGGUGCAAUUUGGAGUUGGAUGUUCGAUCAACUCAGCACAGAUGCUUUGAUCCAAACAUUUGCGAUGAGCUGUAAAACUGUAAUACAACAAUACGGAUUUCAUGGGAUUGAUAUUGAUUGGGAAUAUCCUUAUAGGAACGAUAAAGCCAAGUAUGAAAAGAUAUUAAAAACUUUGCGUCAAAUACUAGGAUCAAAUCUAUUAAUUAUGUCAGCAGUUCCUGUUGGUGUUCAAAAGUUUGCUGGAUUCGAUGAAGUCGCAAUGAAUAAAUAUCUAGAUUAUGCAUUGUUGAUGACAUACAAUUUUCAUGGAUCCGGAUGGGAAAGUUAUACUGGUCAUAACGCGCCUCUAUUUGGCUCAGGACUCCUCACAAUUAAAGGUAGCGUGAACGAAUGGAUAAAGAAAGGUCUUAGAAGUGAUAAAAUUGUAAUUGGGCUGCCAUUUUAUGGUCGUACUUGGAGAUUGCAAGAUUCAAACAAUUUUAGAGUUGGAGCACCAUCAGUUGGAGUUGGAUCUGGUGAUGGAAUCUUGGCAUUGAAUGAUAUAAAUAUUGAAGCUUGGACCCAAUAUUGGGAUGACAUAGCUAAAGUUCCUUACGCUGUUAAAGGUGUAGACUGGCUGAGUUACGAUAACGAGAAGAGUCUAGAAACUAAGAUUCAAUGGAUGUGUCACAACAACUAUCAAGGAGUGAUGAUUUGGGAAAUAUCACAGGAUAAGACCCAGGUUCUAGGUCAGUUUAUCAAAAAUAAAAUGAUUUCUUAUUGCAGAGGAGGGAAUUACAAUUUAUCUAUUACAAACCCAUUAAAAACAACCCCACAUAAGCAGCAGACGUAUCCGAUUGCUGCAACAGAUAAUAAUGGUUGCAACAAUAAUAUUGAUACUAUGUGUAAUCGUCACUCACUUGCCAAAUAUCCUAAGGAUUGCAACAAAUAUGUGGAUUGUCGAGUUAGAAACCAUCCUAUAAUGAGUUGCCCAUCUGGUUUACAAUUUAACGAAGAUAGUCAAAUUUGUGACUGGGCAUAUAAUGUUAAAUGUUCUUCAUGUUAG